GGGAGGCAAAGAUGAAGACAAAGAUCCUUCCUUUCCUUGGGUUACUAUAUGUUGUAUGUUCUUAUGCUUUCCCAGUGGUUCCAGAAAAGGAAAAAGAUAUGCAAUUUGCUAAGAAAUAUCUGCAAAAUUUUUAUGAUUUUAAAGAAGAGAAAGAUUCUCUAUUUAAAUCAAAGAACCUCAAUCACAUGGCUGACAAAAUCCGAGAAAUGCAGUCAUUCUUUGGGCUAGAGGUGACUGGGGAGCUGAAUCAUAAGACGCUGGACAUGAUGAAGCAGCCUAGAUGUGGAAUACCAGACAUCCGUUCAUACAGCACCUUCCCAAUGAGCCCUAAGUGGAAGAAAGAAGAUGUGACAUAUCGGAUUUUGAACUACACUCCAGACAUGCUGCAAGCUGAUGUAGAAGAAGCAAUUGCAAAAGCCUUCCAGCUCUGGAGCAGCGUCACCCCGUUGAGAUUCACCAGGCUUCACAGUGGUCAAGCAGAUAUAAUGAUCUCCUUCGCAGCUGGAUUUCAUGGUGACUUCUAUUCCUUUGAUGGUCCAGGAGGAACUCUGGCUCAUGCCUACCCUCCCAGCAGUGGGAUAGGAGGAGAUGCUCACUUUGACGAAGAUGAAAACUGGACCAAAUUUACUACCUAUGAUGGAUACAAUUUAUUUCUUGUUGCUGCUCAUGAGUUGGGCCACUCACUAGGUCUUGGUCAUUCAAAUGUCUUCGGUGCUUUGAUGUAUCCUAUAUAUACGGCCAGGGAUACAAGGGACUACAGGCUUCCUCAGGAUGAUAUUGAUGGCAUUCAGGCCCUUUAUGGACCCCCGAGGGAAUCUCCUGCACUUCCAACAACAGCUCUUCCCCCACAAGAAUCAACUGAAAUGACACCUGCAGAAGCACCAACUGAAAUGUCACCCCGGGAAGAACCAACAGAAACUACACCCUCCAAAGCACCCGCAAGACCAGAGGACUGUGACCCUCAUUUGACUUUUGAUGCUAUCACCACUCUCCGUGGGGAAAUACUGUUCUUCAAAGGCAGCUAUGUCUGGCGCAAAAGUCCAUAUUUCUCAGAGAUUGAGCAUGACACCAUCUCCUCCUUCUGGCCAUCACUGGCAGGUGGCUUUGAUGCUGCUUAUGAGGUUGACAAGAAGGAUCGAGUAAUAUUUUUUAAAGAUGACCAGUACUGGGCUGUCAGUGGCUAUAAUAUAGAGCCGGGCUUCCCCAAGCCCAUUCAGAACCUGGGCUUCCCCACAAGUGUCAGGAAAAUCGAUGCAGCUGUUCAUGAUCAAAAUACCAAGAAAACCUAUUUCUUUGUAGGCAACAAGUACUGGAGUUUCAAUGAAAAUACCCAAUCAUUGGAAAGGGGAUAUCCACGAAAAAUAGCAGCUGACUUCCAAGGAAUUGGCCACAUAGUUGAUGCUGCCCUUCAGAAAAAUGGACUUUUCUACUUUUUCCAUGGAGCAAACCAGUAUGAGGUUGACGUCAAGAGCAAGAAACUCAUCCGUAUAAUGAAGAACAACAGCUGGUUUAAUUGCCAGAAAUAUUAAGUGAUAGUGCAGGGCUGUAUUUGUACCAGAAAUGUUUUUUCAUGUUCUUUGAUUACAAACAAUAUCAUUCAGCUGUUACUGUGCGUCUGAAAUGAUGGCCUUUGAUAAUUCUAAUUUAAAAUCUUAAAAAUAUAAAACAAUGUACAGGUUUAAUUUAUUUUGUUUUCCAACUAUUUAUUAAUCAGGUUGUUUUUGAGUAAUAAAAUAUUUUGUUUGAGUAUAG